GCAGUGUGUGUACAGUGUGUGUGGAGUCGGUGAAGUAGACGGAAGUCCGGGUUCGGACUGUGAGCGGCAGCAGAGAGCCGGAAAACGUUCACACCACCACCGGAAGUGAUGUAAGAAGAAGAAGCAGCAGUUCCUCCAAACAAACAUGUCACACGUGCGUCUGUGGACGAACUGCAGCUGAACGUUAAACGAACGUUACCGGGAUGUUUGAAGCGAACAUGGACGAAGAGUGGACGGCCGGGUACAGGGAGCCCUGUGUUCAGUGCUCAGCGGUGGAUUGGGGAGUUUCAGACGAAGGUCGCUUCUACUGCAGGUCCUGUCACAACGUCAUCGAGAGGACCAGAGAGGUGGUGGACCCGACCUUCACUCCAGGCUCCUCCAGGGUCAGCACCAUCGGCAAAGGAUCCAGAACCAAGAAGACGGAGCGAGGUCAUCAGUGGAACAUCUGUGAAGGUUUCCAGUUCAUCCUGAAGAAACAGGCGGAAGCUCUGAUCAGGCUGGGAGUCAGCCCACGACUGAAGGACGAGGUGCUGUGUGAGCUGUGGAGACUUUACCUGCAGAAGAGUGGACAGGCGUUCACAGAUCGCCCGCUGACGAGCUUCAGGGUUAACGUGCGAGGUCUGGACUCGGACUCGGAGAGCGCCGCUGAGUUUUCGGGCAGAUCGGUGAGUGAUACCGAUGGAGAGACGGUCGCGUCGAGCACGGUCCUAUCAAACGCAGGCAGCUCCGUGGAUCCACCGCCGUGCUCGGGCUCGUCGGACGCCGUCAGCUACCUGACAGCUCAGCAGUUGAGGAGCUCCAGUCUGAUGACCAUGAGGAAGACUUUGGCUCUGAUCCACAUCGCUCUGGUCUGGAUCCGUGAGGCGCUGACGCUCAGCGACCUGCUCAGGCUGGUGAAUGAAGGUCACGUCCCGUACGUGAACGCCUUCGAGGAACUUCCUGAUGAGAUGAAGCUGGAAGGCAAAGAUCACCUGAUCUUCAAAGUCGAGACGAUCCCGUCCCACGAGUCCGUUCAUAAAGAGGCUCAGGCUCUGCUCCACGUCCUGCAGCUGCCUCCUUUUCCUCCAAUCAGCUGCCAGAGUCUGCUGCACCCGGCUCUGCUCAGCCUGCGAUACCUGACCGAGCUCAACCUGCCCGACGAGCUCCACCUGUGGGUCUGCAGGCUGAUGGAGCAAGCGGGUCUGGAGGAUCAGACGGUGCAUACGGUCGACCCGUUAACUCUCUACGUCCUGCCACGCUACGGCGUUCAGACCGCCGCCCUCAUCGUCGUCACCAUGAAGGCCGUGUUCGGCGUGGACGACCUCACUGAGUGGGAGUUCUCCGGUCAGACAGGUGAGCAGGACGACUCAGGAAACCUGUUCAACCUGAGGAGGUGGUACAAGCUGCUGCAGGCGGCUCUGAUCCGAGCUCAGCAGAACAAAGAGCACGACACGGCCAGGAAACAGUGGCGAUCCAAGAGAGACGUGUCCACGAGCAGAAACAGGAAGUGGGUCGCCGUGAAGAAGAAAAGAACAGCUGAGCAGGUUCAGAUCUGUUUCGAGAGGUUGUCUUCUCGCCCGGCGGGCGUCGAGCGUAUUGGCCCGUCAAGCUUCAGGUUCUGUUGGGGGGACGAGGACGGAGCGGAUGGUCCCGGUCUGCACCACCUGACCCUGGAUGGAGUUCUGACCCUGAAGCACGGCGUCCUGACGCCCUCUCACUCCACAUACUGGCACCCGGCGCUGCAGCAGUGCAACUACUGGCGCUGCAGGUCGCACUACUUGAAGUUCGAGCCGACGCUGCCUCGCAUGUUCGUCUGGCUGCUGAAGCUCUUCAGCUUCCUGUUGGACGUGAAGCCGGCGAGCCUUUACGAGGAGGUGCUGAGGGUGGAGAGAAGAGUCUUCGGAUCCAGAACACCAUGGAGGAAGACCGAGACCAAGACCGAGACCAAGACCAAGACCAAGACCAAGACCAAGUGCAGGCCCAAAACCAAGACCAAGACUAGGCCUGAGACCGAGACCAGGCCCGAGACCAAGACCAAGACCAAGACCAAGUGCAGGCCCAAAACCAAGACCAAGACUAGGCCUGAGACCGAGACCAGGCCCGAGACCAAGACCGCAAAGACAGACAGGUGAUGAUGUGUGUUGGAGCUCAGGAGAAUAUUGAAAUGUCGCGUUCCUGGCGGUGCAUUCAAGGACCUGAAACUGAAGCACCGAGCAGGUCGACAGGCCUAACAGGAAGUCAGACUUUCAAAAUAAAACACCCCGUGCAGAUUUCAUGUCUGAUUCUCGACAUGUAGGACGAACCAAAAUGUGGUGAACGUCACAGGUUUGAUUUCAGCCAUCGGAACCUUGAAGACCUUUUCCAGGUCGGUUUAGAUAAAAUAUGAAGAGUCACUACAUAAAUCAAAUGUUGACGACGUGAGCUCAAUAAAACUUUGUUUCAACCCUCCAGGAGAUUCUGCAGCUCAUCAAUGAAAAUAUGAAUCAAACAUUAAAUUUCAUAAAGAUCUCAAAGUGGAAACGAUGACAUGAUGAUGUCAUCAGCUGCAGAUGUUUUUGAUGCUGUCAUCGGUAAAGUUACAAAUAAAGAUGAAAGUGAAAAAACAGAAAA